AUGGUCAAUCCAUUGGACCUUAUCGAUAUCGAAAAUUAUUCACCGAGCCAUGGGCUCUCGCAACACGAUAUUGGUGUUAUCGUUGGGAAAGCCCCACCACCUGCUCCGAUGUCUUCGGAAAAUACACAAUAUGACUCGGUGCUUGGGGCGACGAAGCCUAAGAAAAUGGCAGCCGUCCUCGAGACAAGACCACUCUCUCACCUCCUCCCUCUCAUCCUCCACUUCUCUUCCGUCCUGUGUCCCGAGUGGCCAAUCUACGUCUUCAUGUCCCCGUCUGUCGUCGACAUGCUCCAAAAUCAGCAGUGUUUAAUCAUUUAA